AUGCCGAGCUGGGACAAUGUGCCCAAGGGCACGAUGCGGGCGGUGACGCUCACAUCGCCCAAGUCGACGCCGCCAGCGGCAUGCUUCACGUACCGGACGGACUACCCUCGACCGUCGCUCCCCAACUCCAAGUUCUGCCUGGUCCGGAUUCGAGCGGUCGGGCUGAACCGAGCGGAACUGCGAGCGCGCAACGCGGAGCCGGUGUCGCCGGUGGAGUUUGGGAUAUUCAAGAGCGAAUUCCACAACGACUGCCCGCCCAUCAUCGGCGAAGAAUUCGUGGGCGAGGUGGUGGAGGCCGGGGCGGAGACGGGGUUCGCGGAGGGCGAUCGCGUGGCCGGGUGGGCGUACGGCGGCGGCAAGGCGUACGACGGGUCGUACGCCGAGUACACGAUCGCGCACCACCGACGGCUGUGGAAGCUGGGGCCGGCGGCAGCAGAGGUCGGGUGGGAUGCGCUGGGGGCGAUCCCCAUGGGCCUGUGGACGGCGUACGGGGCCAUCUUCCUGGCGGCGGAGACGAAGCCGCACGACGUGGUGUUUGUGCACGGGGCGACCAGCAGCGUCGGGCUCUGGGGCGUGUUGGUGGCCAAGGACCAGGGCUGCUACGUGAUCGCCAGCACGCGGCAGGCGUCCAAGGUGCAGAAGCUGAAGGACGCCGGGGCCGACUGGGUGGUGCUGGAGGAGGAGCUGCGCGACCCCAAGGUCGUCCAGGCCAUCGCGGCCAAGGGCGUCAACACGGUGCUCGAGCUCGUCGGGCUCGAGGCCCUCGGCCCCAUCUCCAUGCCCGUCACCAAGCGCGGCGGCACCGUCGUCAAGUGCGGCAUCCUGGGCAAGGUGUGGCAGAUGCCCGUGGGCGCCGGCAUCGUCACCGCCAUGCGCAAGCUCACCACCUUCACCACCCUCGACGAGGACUACGACCACGCCGCCCGCGUCCUGGCCGAAACCGUCGAGAAGGUCCGCGACGGCAAGUACAAGAAGGAGAUCUUCCUCGACAGUACCUUCGACCUCAAGGACGUCGGCGCCGCUCACCAACGCAUGGAGGACAACGCCGCCUGCGGAAAGGUCGUGCUUUUGGUGCCAUGA